GCCCUGCAGUCCAAAGCGAGCCUGAAGCUGAUCCAGGCACAGGUCGCAGCGGGUCACGAUAUGAAAGAGCUGGGUGUCCGGAUGGAGCAGAGCGAGUUCAAGGCCUCUGCAUUGGAUGGCGCUGCAACAGUCACGUUUGACGGCAUGCAGAACCUGCGUAGCGUCGACAUUUCGGACGAUGCGUUGGCAAAAGCCGGGAGUGAGACAGCCUUGGCCGAGGCCUUGCUGAAGGCCCUGCAAGAAGGCCACGACAGCAGCGUCGCAGGCUCAGAAGACGAUAUCUGGUCGCUUUACCAGAACAACCCAGACCUGAUCCAGGCUCCGUUGAUCCAGAUUGGUGCAGGCAACACUGCGCAGGACUUGUGGGCGAAUGUGACAAAAACCAAUGAGACUCUCAAGCUGGCGGAGGAGCUCUUCCUCCAUUUCGAUCAGGACAAGGAUGGCUUCUGGAACUUCAAAGAAACGUCGGCUGUACAGCUCGCCACGGAGGGAACAGAAAUGGGCGAAGAAGCCUUCAACUCCCUCAUCAUUGCUGCAGCACCGAAUGGAGGCCGUCACUUGACAGAGGAGGACAUGGCUCGGGGUCUGUCGAAGGAUCAGGUGCUGGACCUCUACACCAACGCCCAGAGACAACGCCAGCUUGGAUUUGUUCUCGACAUUAUGAAGGAUCAUCAGCGGGUCUUCUCUCAGGAGUCCAACGCGGAAGAAACAGAGAGCAAGCCAGCGCCGGUGUCCGUGAGCGUGGACUGA